AGGACCGAGUCUGCACAUCUCUUUAUUGCUCGUCGCUGUCUAUUGCUCCUUUGCCCGCCCAUCAGACCGAAUCCUUGUACGCCUCUCGCCGACACGCAUCGACACGAGCAGCUCCUUCGAAGUGACCGUCUUUGGCCUACUUCGAGCUCUCGCACUUCCUGACGCGCACACUCACUUUCACGCCUUCUACAGCUAGCAUUGCUGUGCGCAAUCGACACUCGAACAAUAUCUCCGCUGCCCGCGACGGGGCUCAUGCAGAAAAAUGGACGAAAUCCACCACCCUGCCGCAACGACGACCCCUCCACGCUCGCCAGCCUUUGACAUUAAUCACACACCCUCAAUAAGCCCGCUUAGUACCACCUCAAGAACUGCCAUUCCUCCGAUCAUCAAUCCGAUACCUCUACAGCUCGAAACUACCGAUCAGGUCGACCAUGUUGAUCAAAGCGACGGCUCUAGCAGUCUGAGCGACUAUGACGCCGAGUUCGACGAUCAGUCACCGAGAGACAACAACGACAGAGACUCAGAAGCAGAGACUGAGCGUCUUGAGCGCUCUCCCAUAAAGUCGUGGAUUCCUUCUCCGACAAAACUCAAUCAAGCCUCAGUUCGCUCUGAGCCGGCCUCUUCGCCUGACCCCCAGCCUCAGUCGCCUUCACCCACGCAAGCUCGUCUAGCUUCUCCCUUGGCCAUUGCAGGCAGAAAGCGCAAGCGACCGAGUCCCAUCAGCGACGCCGACAGUCCCCUCUCUGAACACUCCGACUCCGAAGAAGCACUCGCCCUCAAUCAUAACAGACACAUCGACCAAGCUCCCGAGAGCCGUCAAGAGACACCAGAACCAGCAGACGAAGUCGACGAAAACCCUUACAUUUCGCCCAUGAAGGCCGCUCGUUUGAAAAGAGCAAAACAAAAGAAGCAGACUCGCGAUCCUUCGCCUGCUGUUCAAAUAGCUGGCAAUGAGCUCGAAGAAGAGGAAGCUGAUGAGCAGAACGAUGGGGACGAAGAGACGAAGAAGCGCGCGACGGAAGCCUUCACAGCAAUUGUCGAGCAAUUCCAGACAUUCCGCACAAAGAUGCACGACGAACGCUUGGCUUCAGCAGAGGCCGAACUCGAGCAGCUCAAUCUACCGAACGCAACCCACCCUGAUUUCCUCGCCAUGUUACAGUGCAUAACUGCUCGCCGCGACACGAAAAUCCAACAAGAGUUCACACUUCACCGAUACAAGCUAGGCACACUUCGAAACCAAGUCCUUGCGGAGCGCGCUCAGCUACACACCCAAUACUUCCAGGAGGCUCGAGAACUGCGUGAUUCGUUGUUGGAACAGCUGGGCAAGCAAUGGUACGACAUACAGAAAGAGCGACGUCAAUUCCAGGCCGAUCAGCAAGACAACUACUCGUACAAGUUCCCUACAAAACGCUCCGACCAAGUGCGCAACCAGGAAAAGUACAAUCGCGAGGUCUCAAUUCUGUCAGGCAUGGCAAAGUACCGAGGCUUCCCUGCUGCACCAGACAUUCACGGCGCACGGACAAACGAGUUGGACGACGACUUCAAGGCGAUGCAGAUCCCACGCAGGCAAGCAUUACCUCAGCAGCAAGCCCCCGCUCAGCAAAACUCCGUGCAUAUGCACUCGGCACCUGCGUCAGUACGUACUGCCGAGGAGAGAUUUAUAGAGCAAACCCCUUGGGCCAAUCCUCAGCAUCCUCUACACCAUCAAUCACGAACUCCUGGUCCGUUCGGUACAUAUGGCAUGCAUCUCCAACCAAACCUGAUGCGACAAGGUUCCGCUCAAGGCCAGCGUACCACUUCUCCUUUCAGCACACCUCUUCCAAACCCCGCAAAGCGUGCCGAAUAUCCACAGAAUGGUCUUGGCUCUAAUGACACCAUUGGUAUUCCGAGCGAUCCUCCUUCAAGCGCAGUACCACAGACUGGUGACAGAUUUGCGCAAGGUCCUGUUGGAGGCGACAUUUCGCCGACAGACCAGCUUAAAGUACGCUCUGCCCUAGCCAAUCCGCUAGCCAAUCGCGCAGAUAGACGCGACUUCUCUGGUUUGUCCAGUGCCUCAACAAUUGAGACACCGAGCGACCCAGCCGACAUGGACCGUCAUGGCGUGCCUUCACAUACGAGCGCUGCGCACAACGGCUUGCCCAUACAGCUACCGGUCGAGCAUUCAGCUCCUCAACAAGCCUUCGUAACAAGCGCGUUGCAUACUCAAAACGGCAAGCCAGAAGACCGUAAGCCUGAGCUAUACGAGAACAUCAACUACAGGAGGCCACAAUUGGGUGCAUUUGGGACACCGAUGCCCUUGUUCGGGACGAACUCUCCUGCGCAUCCAGAUGGUCAGAAAGCUUCCUAGACUGGAGCGUUCCGAUACACCAUCACACACGAAUAACGAUCAAUCGUCAAGUCACGGCCAAGAACAUGGGCAUCUGAGAUUUACAUAAGGCGUAAUAGACAAAGGCAGCACACACUUUUGCGAAUCAUGGUCCACCAAGAUCUUCAAGAGCGUCUCUGAUUCAGGUUGGCAUAGUUGUAUAAGGACAAGAGAGCGUCCCAUGAGCAGAUGUUUUAUACCCAGUACCUUUUUCCCAUUCUCACUUGUAGGAGUGUUUUUUGGCUGCACAAUUAGCGUAGAUAUAUGUCAAGAAACUGAAUCGGGAUCUUGCUCCUGUUUCCCAAU